GAUCGGCACUGCCGCCCCUGCCCUUCUCUCAGAUCUGCCCUUCCCUCCGAUUGCCGCGAUCCCAUCGAUCCGAUCCCAUCGAUCCGAUCCCGUCUGCCUGUCAAGCCGCCUUCUACACCUGCCCAAAUCACCGCAGCCAUGUCGAGACACAGACACAUCCGAAACAUGAACAUCGAUGAUGAGUACUACGACGACGACGAGGAAGAAGAUUAUGGAAACGAGAAUGACGGCGGCCACUAUGACGACGAUGGAUACGACGACGAUGAGUACUAUGAAGAAGAGCAAGACAAGGCAUUCUCAAUCAACGACCUUAUCGGCGAGGUGCAGUCCGUCACCGGUCGGAUCCUGUCCGACGAGCAAGUCCAAAAGAUCCUUCUUCAAAAUUCUUGCAACGUGGAACGGACCAUCAACCAGAUUUUUGACGGCCCCUCGCAGGGAUCGUCGAGACAAAGCGAAAAGCUGACACACCCUGCUCCGACCUCUGCCCCUGCUGGCGGGGCAUCCAAGGUCAAGCCGUUUGAUUUUAGUACCCCCAGCCCUGACGAUGUCGUUGCUAUGGCCCGCAAAAAAGCCCCUGCAGCUGGACUCCAGCUCAAUCAGGGCACAAAGCCUGCUGCCAAGACUGUGACUUUGCCAUCGGAGCCCCCAUCCGCAGCCCUGGCCAGCAUGGCCAUCUCACAGCCAAAGCCAACUCCUCCGGCUGCCCGCACCGUCACGCCGAAGGCUCCCCCCGCGGCUCGCACACAGCCGGUGUUUACACCCAAGCCCCCGAGUGUCCCGGCCCAAUCCAAGAAAAACAAAAUCGACGUCGCCGAAGAGUACAACAAGCGCAAGUCCACCAAGGAUUCUCUGAACCUGAUCAUCGUUGGGCAUGUCGACGCGGGCAAGAGCACACUCAUGGGCCAUAUGAUGUGUCUCUUGGGAGAAGUCAGCGACCGCGCACUCAAGAAGAACCAGCACGAGGCUGAGAAGAUCAAGAAGGGGUCCUUCAGCUUUGCCUGGGUUCUAGACGCCACCGAGGAGGAGCGCAACAGAGGUGUGACCAUCGACGUUGCCGAAAUGAAGUUUGAGACGCCAAAUCGACAGUUUACUCUGCUGGAUGCACCCGGGCAUCGUGAUUUCAUUCCCAAUAUGAUCGCUGGUGCCUGUCAAGCCGACGUUGCAAUUCUGGUCGUCGACAGCUCUCCGGGCGAGUUCGAGGCUGGGUUUGACCUCGGCGGGCAGACUCGCGAGCACGCUCUUCUGGUGCGGGCUCUCGGCGUCACCCAGCUCAUUGUUGCCGUCAACAAACUUGACAUGAUGGAGUGGUCCCAGGAGCGUUAUGAUGAAAUCUGCAAGAAGCUUGGUGCAUUUUUGGUCCACGCCGGCUUCAAGAAGCAGAAGCUGACAUACAUCCCCACCAGUGGAUGGCUCGGCGAGAAUCUGGUGAAGCGAGAGGAGCCACUGCUCAACAAGUGGUACAAGGGGCAAACGCUCAUCGGCCAGCUCGAUCAACUCGAGGCGCCCACGCGCAUGAUCGACCGUCCUCUGCGCAUGUCCGUAUCGGACUUUUUCAAGGGCGGCCUGGGAACCGGAACGGGCGGCGAUGUCUCGGUAAGCGGCAGAAUCGACUGUGGAAGCGUGCAGCUCAAGGACGAAGUACUUGUGAUGCCCAUCAACGAAGUGGCGGUCGUGAAAGCAAUCGAGUGCAACCACGAGUCAGUCAAGUGGGCCGUAGCCGGCGACAGCGUGACCAUCUCGCUCAGUGGCAUCGACAGCCAGCACGUCAAGAAAGGAAACGUCCUGUGCCAAGUCGGCCACCCGAUCCCGAUCACCCGCAAGAUCCGGGCUCAGAUUGUCACCUUUGAUAUCAGCCGGCCUCUCACGAUCGGCGUCCCAGUGGUUUUCCACACCCAAAGCCUCGCCGAAGCUGGCUCAAUCAAGUCGCUUAUUUCGAUCCUGGACAAGGCUACAGGCGAAGUUGUCAAGAAGCGCCCACGAGCCUUGACCAAGAACCUCACCGCCGAGGUCGAGAUCGAGCUGCUCAGACCCCUCUGCCUCGAAAAAUCGGCCGACAACAAGUUCUUUGGCCGCUUUACGCUGCGCUGCGGAUCCCAGACUGUGGCUGCCGGACUCGUGAUGGACAUUUUGGCCUAUGAGAAUGCGGGUGAUGUGGAGGCAGUUUGAUUCCUCGCUCGAUCAUAGCCAAUCCAAUAAAAAACGAGACACCCCGGAUUUUGAGCAUUGGUGAAUGCUAUCACUCAAAACCUUGCGACUCGAGAAGGCCGAAUAUCUUGAUAUCGAUCAUCAUGGAGCUGUCCAGAGGGUCGAGUGAAUGCAACACACUCCCACAUCGAG